ACAACUUACACACUAAUCUUCACUAAAACAAUUGCCCAACUGUAGUAACGAAUGUUAUGAAUCAACUAGAGGAAUUCAACUGAAAAUCACCUACAUGGCAUACAAGUGUGGGCACGUAUCUUUGCAUGUGUUAUUCGUCAAUUAGUACGCUCGAGAGCCGGGUGUGUAUGGACGCGUACCAAGGUUGAGCCGAAUCCUCUGGUCCAGACGAUUCAAUCUGCGUCCGGCAACGAAAGCGAAAGUCUCGCGAUUCGAUUUUUUAUGUGUCUGUGAGUAGUCGUCCGGUGAAAUGGGGAGGUUUUCGUUCGGGAAUUGUUGCUCAGGGUUCUCCAGGUUUCGGGCCAACUGGAUAUUAAACCAAGACGUGCCCAUGCAGUCGUUGCCCAAACCCAAGGAAGCAGUGGACCCUGAAGCAAUAGUCGAAAGCGAAACAGAUGGAGAACCAACGGUGGAAGAACUGCCAGACAUCCUCAUCAUCAGAGACAUUGAUCCCUGUAUUCAGAGAAACGGUACCGAACAUCACACCGACCGUUUCGAAGUGAUGAACAGAGAAUUUGAACCUCUACUUGUUGUGAGGCGAGGUCAGUCGUUUUAUCUCGAUAUCACGCUGAGCAGAGAGUACGACCCUGAACGUGAUGGUGUCUCCUUCAUAUUCACCGUCGAUGACGACGAAAAGCCGUCGCACGGCCACGGUACCAUGAUAGCGGUACCACUGUUGACGAAAAGGGAGCGCGAUUUUCCUUGGAACGUGGUUCUGGAGUCGGUGAAGGAGAACGUCAUUACGGUGCAAAUAACCACGGCUCCUGACGCAGUUGUAGCCAAAUGGCAGAUGGACAUAGACACCAAAAUCAUCGACGACGGAGCCUACAGCUAUAGCUGGGAUAGGAAGUUCUACCUGUUGUUCAACCCCUGGUGCAAGUACGACCAGGUCUACCUUAAGAAUGAUGACUGGAGGGAGGAAACCGUUUUGAAUGAGGAGUCGUUAAUUUGGAGAGGCACCUAUAACAGAUUGAGGCCGGUCAUUUGGAAGUACGACCAGUUUGAAAAGGACAUUUUGGAUGCGGCCAUCUAUGUCGUAAGGGUUGUGGGCAAGGUUAAAAACAGUUACAGGUCCGACCCAGUGAGAACAACAAGAGCUUUGGCAGCUGCAGUCAACGCUGCGGACGAUAAUGGAGUAGUUUUGGGAAACUGGAGCACGGAUCACAGUGGAGGAACACCUCCAACUCAAUGGAUUGGUAGCAAGGCGAUUCUUCAGAAGUACUUCAAGAAGAAGAAACCCGUUAAAUAUGGACAAUGUUGGGUGUUUUCAGGAGUAUUGGCAACGAUUUGUAGGGCACUGGGAAUCCCCGCAAGGACAGUCACAAACUACUCUUCAGCCCAUGACACUCAAAACUCCUUGACUGUAGACUAUUUCAUGGACGAAAAAGGUAACAUAAUGGAGGAACUCAAUUCAGACUCAGUUUGGAACUACCACGUAUGGAACGAGGUGUGGAUGGCUCGACCAGACUUGGGGAAAGAGUACAACGGAUGGCAGGCGGUGGACGCAACCCCGCAAGAGCUUAGCGAAGACUUAUACAGAUGCGGACCUUCUUCUGUGCACGCCGUUAAGCACGGAGAGGUACUCAGACCAUACGACAGUGCCUUCUUGUUUUCGGAAGUCAACGCCGACAAAAUCUUUUGGAAGUACAGUGGACCAACCCAACCUCUCAAGCUCAUCCGCAAGGAUGUGUUUGGAAUUGGGAAGCAGAUUAUUACCAAAGCAGCCGGUGCCUUUGAACUUGAAGACAUCACCAGCAGUUACAAGUACCCGGAGAAAACGGAUGAAGAACGCAGCACAAUGAUUAAAGCCCUAAGGCAAUCCGAAAAUUUGUUCUCCAGGUACUACCUAAACGAAGACUUCAAUGACAUUCACUUCAACUUCCAACUGUUGGACGACAUCAAAAUUGGCCAACCUUUCGACGUUACUCUGGCGAUGAAGAACCGAAGUAAAAGCAAGAGCUACAAGGUGAAAGUUAUCCUGAAAGUCGACGUGGUUACUUACACUGGAAAGAUUGGUGACUCAGUUAAAACUGGUAACUUCGACGUAACAGUUAGCACCGACUCCACCCACGAAGUGAAGCUGAACGUGACUUUUAAUGAGUACAUCAAACGCGUGGUGGAUCAAUGUGCCUUCUCUGUAUCUUGCCUGGCAACCAUCGAUGACACAAAAUACGAAUACUUUGCCCAAGAUGACUUCAGGGUACGAAAGCCCGACAUCAAAAUCGUUUUGCAAGACAAACCUGUUGAAAAUAAAGAAACAACAGCCGAUAUUUAUGUGGAGAAUUCGCUUCCUAUUCCGCUGAGGAAGGGUGUCUUCACUGUGGAGGGCCCAGGGAUUCAGAAAAAACUGACCGUGAAGGCCAAUAAUGUCGUUCCACCUGGAGAAAAAGCUAAGGGGUGGUUCACAUUUACUCCACCAAGAACAGGAAGGUACACCAUAGCUGCCAAGUUUCAAUGUAAGGAAAUGGACGAUGUGGAUGGUUACCAAACAAUAAUGGUGGAACCAAAUGUGGAAGAAAACGGAAUAAGCAACGAAGUUCGCUAGUUAACCAAAGUUUAUUGUAGCCAUUCAUUGUGUGUUUAUUAGACUGAACAUAACCAUAAAGUAUUAGCCAAAUUUUUUAUCUAAACAUAUUUAUUUUAUUAUCAUAAGUUUUACAAUAAUAAAUUAAUUUUAUUAAUAA